GAAAAUCUGAACUUUUUUUUUAUAUAUUUAAACUAGAUACCCUAGAUAGAAAGUAUCAAUAAAUAUUUUUGUCAAAAAUGCAACCUUGCAAUUUUUACAGAUGUUUAAAGUCAGGUGAUUGAGCAGCUGAUUUUUGUGACAAAAUUGGCGGGAAAUAUUUAAUAACUUUGAGAGCUUGGCAAAUCUAAACCAAACAAUAUUUUUCUAUUAUUUAAAAUGGAUAUUGAAGUUGGAGAUGUGCUUGAAUUCUGUCACGCCACGUUGCUGGACGUGUGGAUGGACAGCGGGCGCCACUCUUCCGCGCUGACUGAAUUUGUAUUUGGUCAAAUAGAUCAAUGUACACUAAGCGACGACAAAAGGAGUGAAAUAAAUAAAAAAAUAAGAAGUUUUGAAAUUUUUGUUACGUCAAACCUGCAAAAGUGCAGUCGGAAUAUGCGAACAUUCAGAGAAAAGCAUUCACAGUGGCUAUUAAAGUCUCUUAAAAUACAUUUGGAAAAUCACUCGGAGAUGGAAAAUUUAAAGAAGGGAAGACCAAAACUGACUUAUGAUGAAGGAGGAUCGCGCCUUAAAAGAAAACUUGCUGGUGAAGUAGCGCUUAAGAAUGAAAAUGAUACGCAACUUUUGAUACACGCAGCUUCAAUAUCAGCAAGGAAAUCAAGUGAACAUAGUGUUGCAUUUUUACUUGCAAAUUGUAAUAGGUCUGAAGCACAGGCAACUGAAGCUAAAAGAAAGCUUCAUACAGCAGAACCAAUACCUCUUACAAUAAAUGAGGCUUUGGAAUUUUUCAUAGACAAUUCAUUAAGCAAACAAUUGUACAAAGAAAUUCGUCAAAUAAGCAAACUGCAUAAUUGCGACAUAUACCCCUACUACAAAAAAGUUCUGGAAGCUAAAUUACAGUUGAGACCUGUGGGGAUAACAGCGACAGAAACAUUUGCAAAGGUUGCUUUACAGGAUUUAUUAAAUCAUACUGCGAGCCGAAUUGUAUUGAUGCAGGAGGAACUAUUUGCAAAUUUGGAAACUGUGUCAAGCCUUAAAUUAAUUGUAAGUUACGGAUUUGAUGGAUCAUCUGGACAGAGUAUGUACAAACAAAGAUUUGAAUGUAACGAAAAAGACACCUCAGAUCAGUCGUUAUUUGUUACUACCAUUAUACCUCUGAAGCUUAUAGAUGAUGCAGGAUCCAUAUUUUGGAAUAACAGAACUCCGCAAUCUGUAAGAUUUUGUCGCCCUCUAAAAAUGGAAUUCGCAAAAGAAACAAAAGAUCACAUUCUUGCAGAGAAAAACGAUUUGGACAGGCAAAUAGAACAUUUGAUUCCCUUCGUAUUAACCAUUUUAGAGGAAAGGAAAAUCACUAUCGCAUUUGAUAUGCAUAUGACACUUAUAGACGGAAAAGUUUUAAACGUUUUAACGGGCACGAUUUCCUGCCAAUUAUGUUCAAUUUGUGGAGCAGGCCCAAAACAAUUUAUGGAUACUAUUGACCAGAAUUCUUUUAAGCCGAAACCUGGACACCUUCAGUAUGGAAUAAGUCCACUACACGCGUGGAUACGUGUUUUUGAAUUACUCCUAAAAAUAUCUUAUAGAUUGAAGUUUAAAAAGUGGCAAGCACGACUCGAAAGUGACAAACGCGAUAUGAUUUCUAAAAAAUAACAUAUACAAAAGCGAAUGCGGCAAGAAAUGGGAUUGCAUGUAGAUAAGCCGAAACAGAAUGGCAGCGGAAACACGAACGAUGGCAAUACAGCUAGAAAGGCUUUUUCUAAUACAAAAUUAUUUGCAUCCAUUUUAAAACUUGACUUG